AUGGACCGGGAUGUCUUCCACCAGCAAGGCCAAUUACAGGAAACUGGAGGGAACUGGAGGAAAGAUAGGGAUCUGAAAUGCAAUGAGAAAGCCAGAGCUCAAAUUCCAGAGUCCAGUGUGGGAGAAGACAGAGCCAUCCUAUUGGGCUUCACCAUGAUGACCUUCUCCAUCCUCAUGUACUUUCUGGUUGGAAUUGUGAUGGUGAAACCAUGUCUCCAUAGCAACUGGAACAAUUUUGCCAACUGCUCAUUAGUCCAGAUUGAUUUGCUGGAUGAAGUGAUGGACUGCCGUGGCAUUGUCAGCUUUAAAUGCCUGCGUGUUUUGGUAAACAUCUCGUCCCCUGAAAAAACACUUCGACUUUACUACGAUGAAGAUUUUGUGAAAUCCAGGCCAAAGGUACAAUCUUUCCCUCAGUGUUUCUACAUUCCGAAAUGCCAACAAAACAAGACAGAACAAGAAACUGAGGCCAGUAACAUCAAACAUGUGUUAAGUACGCAAGGGGAAAACAUGACAUGCUAUCUCAGUGCUACAUACCCAGAUGACGCCAUCUUUAGGAGGAAAUACACCAUUCAAAUGGCCUUAUAUUACCUGCUGUGGCCCAGCCUCAUGUUGUUUGGUGGGAUCCUCCUGGUGGGGCUGGUGAAACUCAACCAGCAUCUUGCAUCCCUCUGCACUGAGAUCAGUAGAGAGGAGUUACUUGGCAAGCAGAGUAAACUGACGGAGGGAAGGAUCUACCGGUUCUUAAGAUGCAGGCCUGGGGGCAACAUGGAGCAGCAUGACCAAGUUAGCUAUAGAAAAUAGCAUUAUGUGCCUCUACUAUAAUGGGCAAGUUAGUUGUUUAAAAUUAUUUCAUUCAGUGUCUUAUGAAAUUAACAUUAGUGCCUUAUGCCGUAAAUAUGGCCAAAGCUUUUUUAUAUAUUGUGAUUGUUCAUUAUAAUCAAAUAGGCUAUUAACCACUUGAAGAAAUUAUAAAUGCAGUAAAGUGGUUGGGUAAUUUUGGUGAGCUUUGUGGUCCACACAUUUGCUUUUAUUUCAAAAUGUAGUAACACGUUUGUCCUGGCAAAAAAUUGCCAGUACCUUUUCCAUUAAGUUAAAACGGACUCUUGUUUCCGCGAC